AUGCUCGAGUACAAUGCAUUCUACUUUUACUCUGCAUGCGCUGCCCAUUUUGACGAUCCUUCAGUCUGCUUGCAAGGACUUGCUUCCUUUUUCAAAAAGUCCCUUCUUGAAGAAAAUGAGCAUGCACAAAAGAUAAUCAGGUUCAUGAACAUGAGGCAGCUAAAGAUCAGCUUCCGUGCAAUGGAGGCUCCUGACAUAAAGAAGUAUGGCACCGCAAGCAAUGUGCUCAAGGCAUCCAAGGAAUUUGAAGAAAGCGUCCUUGAUAACAUAGAGACAAUAUACAGCAUAGCCUCGAAAAUCGGUGAUGCAGCAAUCACACAAUUCCUCGAUGAGUUCGUUGCAGAACAAGUAAAAUCGAUCUCAGAGCUCAAUGACAUGUGGGUCAAUUGCAUCAGGUGUGGAGAUGAUGGAAUGGGUCUCUUUGUCUUUGACCAGUCUUUACUGCAAAAGCAUUAA